CAUAGUUAAAUAAUAAGCGAUAAUAAAUACGUUUUUUUUUAAUAUUACAGUCGAAACCAAAUCCUUUAAACCUAGUAUUCGUUGAUGAAUUUGAAUAAUUUAUAUCUCAAGGGAUUUGUGAAAACGAAAUUAAAUAUUUUGUAACAAAAUAUAAAAAAAUCUCAUGGCUUUUUCAUGUAAUGUUUUUCUUAUGGUUAGAGGAAUUUUCAAACCUCUAGUACUACAGCGUAGGCUAUGUGUCACACAAAAACUACCUUUACCUCCGUUCACAAAUAAAACAGCGAUUGAAAAAGUUCGCUUAGCUGAGGAUUUGUGGAACUCUAAGAAUCCAGUGUUAGUUUCUAUGGGAUACACUAAUGAUUGUAGUUGGCGGAAUCGUUCAGAGUUUAUUAAAGGUCGUGGAGCAAUACAAAUGUUUUUGCAGACUAAAUGGAGUAAAGAAUUAGAUUAUAAACUCAUAAAAGAACUUUGGUGCUACAAAGACAACCGAAUAUCGGUCAAGUUUCAAUAUGAAUACAUGAAUAUAAACGGGCAAUGGUUUCGCGCAUACGGAAAUGAAAACUGGGAGUUUAACGAGAACGGACUAAUGACUAAAAGAGAAGCCAGUAUCAACGACUUGCCCAUAGAAAAUCACGAAAGACUCUUUCUUUGGAAAAAUGAUGGACCCAGGCCUAUAGACUAUCCCGGGUUGACACAACUUGGUUUAUGAAAAAAAGUAUUUUUAGAGUAUAUACUAUCUUGUGGCUUAUCUUCUAAAAAUCUCUUAAAUAUUGUAUUUUAACUAUCUUACGAAUCUAAAUUUAAAAUCUAAAAAUUUAAAUUUUGUCUUUAA